GCUGCGCGGAGUUCAGGCCGGGGUCAGGGGGAGUUCGCAGCCCGGGUUUCACCUCCGAGCUGGCGGCGCCGGGAGCCCCGAGGAGCCGCCGCCGCCGCCGCCGCCCGCUCCGAGGGGCGCACGGGCGGCCGGGAGCGCCGGGCAUGGAGCGGCGGCGGCGGGCGGAGGGCAGCGCCCGGCGGCGCCCCCCCCGGGGCUGAGCCAUGAGAGUCCACCGAGACCUCGGCUGGUUGGCGGAGGCCACCGGACGCCCAGGGCGGCGGGCGAGGAGCGCGAUGCUGGACGCCAUGGAGGUGCCGAGCCACUCGCGGCAGCUGCUGCUGCAGCUGAACACGCAGCGCACCAAGGGCUUCCUGUGCGACGUGAUCAUCGUGGUGCAGAACGCGCUCUUCCGCGCGCACAAGAACAUCCUGGCGGCCAGCAGCGCCUACCUCAAGUCGCUGGUGGUGCACGACAACCUGCUCAACCUGGACCACGAGAUGGUGAGCCCCGGCAUCUUCCGCCUCAUCCUCGACUUCAUCUACACCGGCCGCCUGGCCGAGUGCGAGCCGGGAGGCGAGCAGAGCCUGGGCGCCGUGCUGGCCGCCGCCAGCUACCUCCAGAUCCCCGGCCUGGUGGCGCUUUGCAAGAAGAAGCUGAAGCGCAGCGGCAAGUACUGCCACCUGCGCGGGGGCUACGCGCCCUACAAGCUGGGCCGGGGGCUGCGCGCCGCCACGCCGGUCAUCCAGGCCUGCUACUCGGGGACGCCGCGGCCCGUGGACCUGCCGCCCGUGGAGCCGGCGGCGCCGCUCAACACGCAGUGCGGGGAGCUCUACGCCUCGGCCUCGCAGGGCACCCCCCUGCACCCCCACGGGCUGUGCCCGCCCGAGCGCCACUGCUCGCCGCCCUGCGGCCUCGACCUCUCCAAGAAGAGCCCCACCGGCCCCUCCGCCCAGCUCCUGCCCACCGACCGCCUGCUGCCCGGCGAGCCCCGCGAGCCCUCGCUGCCCCCGCGGCACGACAGCCCCCCGGUCAGCGCCGGCCUCCUGGCCGGCCACCCCGCCUCCUACAAGGACUCGCCGCCGGGCGGAGAGCCGGGGGGGCACCCUCACGCCGCCGACCCCUUCCGCAGCACGCCGCCCUGCGCUGAGCCCCCCCUGCCCCGUGGUGAUGGGCGCGAGCUGAUGUACCGCUGGAUGAAGCACGAGCCCCUGGGCCCCUACCUGGACGAGGGGGAGGCGGAGAAGGAGCUGGAGCGGGAGGAAAAGGCCGAGUCGCCGCCCGCGGCGCCGCAGCCCCGGUACCCCAGCGUGGAGAGCAACGACCUGGAGCCUGAUAACAGCACGAGCGAGGACACGGGCAGCAGCGAGGGGCCCUCGCCCGGCGACGCGCUGGACCGCUACUGCAACCACCUGGGCUACGAGCCGGAGAGCCUGGGUGACAACCUGUACGUCUGCAUCCCUUGCGGCAAGGGCUUCCCCAGCUCAGAGCAGCUCAACGCCCAUGUGGAGGCCCACAACGAAGAGGAGCUGUAUCACAAGGCGGCGGCAGAGCAGGCCGUGCCCUUCCUGGACAAGGGUGGCCCGGGGCUGGGUGACAUCCUGCGGCCCUACCGCUGCUCGUCCUGUGACAAGUCCUACAAGGACCCGGCCACGCUGCGGCAGCACGAGAAGACGCACUGGCUGACGCGGCCGUACCCCUGCACCAUCUGCGGCAAGAAGUUCACGCAGCGCGGCACCAUGACCCGCCACAUGCGCAGCCACCUCGGCCUCAAGCCCUUCGCCUGCGACGCCUGCGGGAUGCGCUUCACGCGCCAGUACCGCCUGACCGAGCACAUGCGCAUCCACUCGGGCGAGAAGCCCUACGAGUGCCAGGUGUGCGGCGGGAAGUUCGCCCAGCAGCGCAACCUCAUCAGCCACAUGAAGAUGCACGCGGCCGGCCCCGAUGGCAAAGCCAAGCUGGACUUCCCCGACAGCGUCUACGCCAUGGCCCGGCUCACCGCCGACCAGCUGGGGCUCAAGCAGGAGAAGGCGGCCGAGCUGCUCUCCCACACCUCGCACUUCCUCAGCGACCCCAAGGCCAUGGAGAGCCUCUACCCGUUGGCCAAGUUCACGGCCGAGCACCUGGGGCUGAGCCAGGACAAGGCGGCCGAGGUGCUGGCGCAGGCUCCGCACCUCCACGCCGACGCCGCCCGGACCAUAGAGCGCUACUCGCCCCCCUAGCGCCCGCCGGGGGCCGCACCGGCCCGGCCGGGGGGCCCGUGGGGUUCCCCGUGCUCCUGCCUCCCCGCAUGGAGCUGGGGGGCGGAGGUGGCGGGUGCUCGGCCCCCGGCGCUGCCGCCGGCCCCGGAGAACUCGCUCGUAGCAGAAGGUCCCAUGAGAGCUGCCCCGGGCCGGCUGGAUGGCGUGUCCUGCGAAGAGCGCCGGGCGCCCCAGCUCGCCUGGGAGCAGCCGAUAAUUCAGGGACUGCCCUCGUGGCUCGGCCGCCCCCCUCGCCGCCACCGCCGGGCCCCGCGGCGGCUCCCGGGACUGGGGCGGGAGGCGAAGCACAAGCUGUGACGCCGGGCUGAGCCUCGAGGCUUUGGAGGACAUGAGCCCGCUCCUUACCUCGGGGCCGUCCCCGUCUCUACCCCCACCCCGGGGUGAUGGGGACGCCCUUGGCAGCCCCCCGGCCCCGCGGCGGAACCCGCCGGAGCUCGGCUCUGCUGUGACGGGACCCGGACUGUGCCGCCUCGACCGCCGCGGGCCCGUGAGUAGCUGAUCCAUCGCAGCCGCAGCGAUGCCUCCGAGCUGCCGGCGGCCUCCGGGAGCGGCGAGCAAGGCGGGGAGGUGCACGCCGGCCUCCCCCCGGGGAGCUCGGGGAUGGACGGACUGACGGAGGGGCCCGAAGGGUUUCGCGGGGUGGGAGGGAAGGCGGCCGGGGCCGUGCCGUGGCCGUGGCCGUGGCCGGGCAAUGCUCUUGGAUCCGGAGUGGCACUGACCUCCCGGCCCUGACCCCGCGGCUCGGCGGCCACCCCGCGUUUUUGGGAGGUGGGGCAGGGCCUGUCACAGACUGAGCCCCUGCGCCCUGCCCCAGCAGGCGCCUCGCCAUCAGGGAUGCCCGGGGCCCCGUGGGGCUGCGGGACCCGCGGGGGCAGCCGGGGAGCCGCCGUCCUUGGGGUGGGGGGCGAGCCCGGCAGCCGCUCACCUCUUUUUGCCAAAGAUCCCCGUCCCCAGCACAGCUGGGUCGGGUCGGGUUUGGGGGGGAGCCCGGGCCAGGAGUUUAUGACAAAGACAAAGCGCUCGGGUUUGUCAGCUACGCGGACGUGGGCAGGGGAGGCGCGGGGCCACGGGAAGGGGCCGAGGGGGGGCCGGGAGCUGCAUGGGGAGAGCCGAGCGUGGCCCUGGGGAGGGAGGCGUGGAGCUGCCCCGGGCUGGGCUGCACUGACAGGGGGCCGAGCCCCCACGGGGUACCCCCGCUGCCCCAGCACCCCUCUCGUGCCUUCUGUUUGGUGCCCCCCUCCGAGUCCGGACCCCCUCCCCUUACCCCUGGCCCGGGCCACGACCCCUCUGCCUGGGGCUAAUGUGAAGCUUCUCCCCUCCCCGCGCCCCCUCCUCUCCUUUGCACACGAGGCCCCGGGGCAGUGACCGGCCCCAGCCUCGCAGCCACUGUGCCUUAGCCUGCGCUGGCUGCUCCUGCCCAUGGCGCACCCCUCGGCCCCCCCCAGGUCCCCGUUCCCAGCUGGGGACGGGCAGGGGGAGCCUGGUUGGGUCCCUGCCGGGCUGCCCGGGUGCCCCCUGGGGCUCGCCAGCACCCGGCUGGAGCUGCCGUGGGGCACCCGUGCCCCGUUCAGGGGGGGCCAAGCACCGGCAGCAGCUGCACCCAAAGCACAGCUGGAAGCGCCCCGCGGGGCUGCCGGCCGGGUCUGUAUCACGUCCGAUUUGUACACGGGCUCCUCGCCCUUUUUUCUAUAGUCGAAACGGAACGAGCAAUAAAGUGACAUUAACACGCAAA